UGAUAACUGAGGUUUUAUCUUUGAGCUUCAAAAGCAACGAUUUUAAUGAGAAGCAUGGCAUCUUUCACAGAUCGAGUCGAAGAUGCUUUUACGAGGAAAGAUGGGACUUUUAUGGCUCAACUCUACGGAGAGAUGUUGGAUUGCCUGAAAGUCAACAGCAUUGUUACCAACGAUCAUUUGUUGGAUCGUCUCGGUGUUGAUAUUUUCCGAAAUAUCAAUGCCGAAUUUUACAUACCACAGAGUGCCAAGACAAAGAACACAAAUUUGGUUGCCUUAAGAGCCACCAAUGAGUGCCUUCGAUGGAGAGUCCAGGAUACAACCCACUCAAAUGUGUGAGAACUGAUUUUGUUGAAAAUAUCCCAACAUUACAAAAAUGUUUGUUUGUGUGCCUGAUCAAUUUAUUAUAUAUGGAACACAUUAUUGGAAAGAAUAAACAAAAUGUCAAAAAAAUUGAACAAAGGUGAAUCAGGUUCUAACAUAAGUGGUUCUCCAACAGCCUGCAAACAGGCACAGAAAGACAUAUUGAAAAGUGUUAAUGACUUUCAGGAUCUCAAAAACUAUAAAAAAGAGGUUUCUAUCGAGCGAAAGUAUGUUGGUGUAGUCAUUGGUAAACGUCACACAGUGAUCAACAGCAUCAUGGCACACUCUGAAACUCAAAUCAUUGUUCCCGCUCGAGAAGAACAGCAUGGGGAUUUUGUUCAACUUGUUAUCAUUGGUGAGAAAAACAAAUGUCUUCAAGCAGAAUCUCUCAUACGACAAAAAGUUAAUGACUUCAAGGAUCUCAAAAACUAUAAAAAAGAGGUUUCUAUCGAGCGAAAGUAUGUUGGUGUAGUCGUUGGAAAAGAUCACACUGUGAUCAACCGUAUCAUUGCAAACUCUGAAACUCAAAUCAAUGUUCCUCUUCGAGAAGAGCAGCAUGGGGAUUUUGUUCAACUUGUUAUCAUUGGUGAGAAAAACAAAUGUCUUCAAGCAGAAUCUCUUAUACAACAAAUAAUUACAGAAUUUAAAGAGAAAGAAGACCGUUUCCAGUGGCUUUCGAUCUUGAAAAAACAUAUUCCUGUGAUGCUUGGAGGGAAUCGCAAAACGAAAGAAUACAUAGAAACCAAAUCUGGAGCACGAAUAUGGGUACCCAAGGUUGAAGACCCACAUGGGGAUGUUGCUGAUGUUAAAAUCAUCGGUGAAGAAAGUAAUUGUCGUCAUGCCCGAUUCCUUAUUUUCGAGAUAUUGUUAUCUUUUGAAGACAAAAUGCAGAGAGAAAAAUAUGGAGGCGACGUACGUUUCGUUUGCUUAGACAACGAAAACGAAGAGGACGAGUAUAACCUCCAUCAGUAUAAUGUUGCACUGCGUGGUUAUAUCAAAGGCGAACAAUAUAGGAUUUAUUGUACAGCUGAUAGAAAUCGUAGUGAGAGAGAAACUAUUAACGAUGACAUAAAAUUGAAUUUGCUACCAUCGUUACAAAAGUUGGCAGAAAUAAAAAAGAAGGAAAAGUUGUCAGAAAUAGAAAACGAGGAAAAGUUGAGGAUUGAUUUGUGGUGUCAUAUUGGAAAAAUGUUUGUGUCCAAUGUCGAUCCAGUAGAAGAAAAGCAAUCAUUAACGGCAUCUCAGGUUAAAAAGAAGUUGCAAAUAGGUCGUCGUCAAAGUCUGGGACAAAAUGUAAAUAAUAAUGAGGAUAGAUGUUGGCAUGUCUCUUUUCAAGAAGGCGUUCGAAUCGAGGAUUUUGAUGAUGAAUAUUUUCCAAAUAAAGGAAAGAAUGAUGAUUUCAAUUUGAAGCUUUUACACACUCAAUGGCGCUUUGACUUUACCUUUAAGACACCAUCAGUGCGCACCGUUCGAUUGAAAGCAUGGAAAUGUGAUCCUCUCGAAAUGGAAGAACCACCAUUUGAGGUCAAAAAUAUUUUAAGAGAAGUUGAUCUCAAACACUGUAGAAAUAUUAAAGCUUGGCUCUGUAGGCCAUCCGUCACUGUUGCUAAAGGAGAAAUAAUGUCACCAAAGUCGAGUUAUGACUGUAGGAUAAAACUGAGGGCUGGCCCAAGAUUUUUAGCGGGCGAUGAAGCCAAGAAUGAAGCUGAAAUUUUGUGUGACUACUUAUCAAACUGCAAGUUUGAUGAGCACAAUAGUGAUGCUCAAAUGAUUUUGCCCGAUGAAAAUGAAAUGAAAAUACCCGAUGGUUUCGACUGCUUAUUCUAUCGUGAAGCGAAAGAGAAAUUCUAUAAUGCAGAAAUGGAUGGCGAAGUGUACAAAAUUAUUGUUUUGCAUGAAAAAGGGUGGGAUUCAAAUGGCUUGAUUAAAAUACCUCAAAACCAGUUAGGGAUGAGGUUCGUCUCGGAAUCUUGGUCAAAAAAACUGCUUGAUCCAGACGAAGACUGGACACCUGAAGAAAUUCUGGCCAAGUUGAAGAAUUACAUGGACUUUUUCGAUCUUUUUACUCGAAGUUUUUUUCAGGAGUAGUAGUGUUUCCAAAAAUUUGUUGCAUGUUUGUACAUGUAGAGCGUCCAGCUUAAUGCAGUGCCGAGUAAGACCGUUAGUGUUGUUAUUUUUACGUCAAUUUUACAACAUAUGCACAUUUUUUUAUCCAAGAAUAUGAUUUUCUCAAAUAUUAUACUUUACUCAAGUAGAAUGUACCGCAAUCUUUGUAGAGAUUGUUGACCGUUUUAAUAUCUUUUAUGGUACAUAUGUAAUAAACUAAAUCGUCGGUGAA